UAAAAAAUUUACCAACCUCGAAAGUUGUUCGAAAGUUAUUAUCAAAUAACGUUGUUGUUCCUGUACGUUGGAUAACGAUGGUAAAAUAUUUGAAACAAGACGAAGCCAUCAAUAUAGACCAAGAACUGUUCAACGUUUAUAAAUUUAGCGUUGACCAGUUAAUGGAACUUGCCGGGUUGAGCUGCGCAACGGCAGUUUACAAGUGUUUCCCGCCAAAUGGCAAUCAGAAUAAUAAAGUUUUAGUGCUCUGCGGACCAGGUAACAAUGGUGGAGAUGGUUUAGUUUGUGCUAGACAUAUGAAACUUUUUGGUUACUUGCCUGAAGUGUAUUAUCCUGUGCGCACCGAUAAGGCAUUGUACCAUAAUCUCGUCCAUCAAUGUGUAUUGUCUGGCGUGCCAGUGUCAGAUGUCUUGCCCGAAAAUUUAAAUACAUAUGACAUACUGGUGGACGCAUUAUUUGGUUUUAGUUUCAAGCCUCCCGUGCGUCCCAAAUUCGUAUCAGCCAUUGAUGCAUUGAACGCAACCAAUAAGCCUAUUUGUAGCAUAGAUGUACCCAGUGGGUGGAGUAUAGAAGGUGUUCCCGAAAGCAAUGGAAUCAGUCCAGAGCUUUUGAUUUCGUUGACUGCACCAAAAGAAUGUGCGAAAAAUUUCAAGGGAAAAUAUCACUAUUUGGGUGGAAGAUUUGUUCCUAAAGAAUUGGAGGAGAAAUACAAAUUACAAUUGCCUCCAUUCCCCGGUACAGAAUGUUGUGUUAAAUUGUAAAAUCAAUUUAAUAGUUA